UUCUGUCUUCCAGUCUGUGUUGUUUUGAUUGUAUUGUUUUAUAGGAAUGGAAAUAUAGUAGUAUUAUAAUAAAAAUCAUUGGCUGUGGAAGUCAGAACUUUUCAGACAAUGUUUUCACUGUUUUUAUGGUGAGGCAGAGGCCGUGGCCAACAUGAGAACAGAUAUGUGUCCAAAACUGGAGAAGAAAACAUUCAACCUUCAUGAAGGCCUGUUGAUGGAGGGGAGCUUAGGCGCAGAGAUAGCCAUGAGGAGAGAGAGAGAGAGAGAGAGAGAGAGAGAGAGAGAGAGAGAGUUUGGAGAGGAGCCGGGGACUGCCCAUGGUGGAUGGGCGGAGCAGUAAGCAUGCGCUGAGCUGGCAGACUCUGAGCUGGUCCUGACGGGCUGGCUGGGCUCCGGGCGGCUGUCUGUGCGCUUCAGACGGUCGUGGGGGAGACUACCAUCAACGCUCGGCGUGUCCUCGAGUGCUCAGAGGGGGGAAAAGGGCAGAAGAGUCACGGGGAUAACUGCGAGAAAAAGAAAAGAGCAAACCGCCCCUCCUCAGCAUCUGGAAAAGCACCGAAGAAGAAGGAGACGAUCCUCCCCCUCUACCCCACACCCCGUCGCCAACCCGCCCUAUCUACCCUACCCACCACUUCGUGCCAUCCCUCUGGUCUGAACUGCCCUCCCACCCUGCCAGGAGAACCACGACCACCCAUAGGAAACCCCCGCUUGACCAGCGUUGCCAUUAAGCGAUGCGCUUUGAAUUUAGGAAGAAAUCACCUUUGCGUUUUUGAUGCACAACAGAACCAGUGGUCUUCGUUUUUUCCUCAGCAGGAACAGUUCAGGCUACGGAUCUGGGUGUUUACACUUUUUGACGGGUUUCCAGUGGCAUGAUAACAUGCACAAUAUAUCAUCCAGUGGCAACAGACCGGGCUGUCAUCCCAUAGAUUAGUUUGAAUUUAAACAACCAGCUGUCACAUACGCUGCGUUUGGGUUUAUGUUUGAUUUUUCCAUGCUUAGAAAUAAUCCUGACAAUGGUCUGGGAACGGACCGCCUCUCCAGACACAUAGUAAUAUCUUUUCAAGACGUUUCAGCUCUGUAUCGCGUUUGUACCGAAGAAAAAGCGACAAAUUGACGAGGAGUCAUUUGACACCGACGCCGCUUCAGCUAUAGGACUUUGCGUGCGAAGUUUGCACCGGGAAGAGAGGGGGGCCAAGUCGGAGAUAUCUCGGCCAUAUCCACGGAAUUUUCCCUGUAAGGUGGGAGGUCAGCGGGUUGUGACCAUGCUAUCCCUGGAUGAGCCUCUGGACCUGAAGCUCCCAAGGCGGAUCAAUGGGAGGGACAAAGGGGCGCGCUCGCCCCCUCUCUCUCCGCUGCACCCCAAACGAGCUCGUCAGCUCCGCAUGGCAGAUGAUGGCACUGCAGUCAUAGAGCCUGCCUCCCCAGCAUCUCCGCACACAGGUGUGCAGGUGGUCCCUCAUGAUCGAACAGACACCCCCACCCCGCCAGCAGUGGACCUGAGCAUGUCUCCCUCCUCCCGCCACACCCCCAAUUCUCCAGAAAUGCCCAAUGGCAACUACGUCCCCUCAGGGAAUUCCCACAUCUCACAGGCCUUUCAGUUUUUUGUGCCAAUUGGAGCUGGGGCAGGACUUCACCUGCCAUCCUCCAUGUUCAUUGGCCAGACGAGUGACAAGAGAGCCUCUCCUGACCUCUCAGCGGAUGAACAACUGGCAUGCCGCUGGAAGAAGUGCCAUCUGCUCUUUGACUCCCUGCAAGACCUAGUGGAUCAUGUCAAUGACUUCCAUGUCAAACCUGAAAAGGAUUCUGGGUAUUGCUGCCACUGGGAGGGUUGUGCACGCAAAGGGAGGGGUUUCAAUGCUCGGUACAAGAUGCUCAUCCACAUCCGCACUCACACUAACGAGAAACCCCACCGCUGUCCCACCUGCAACAAGAGCUUCUCACGUCUGGAGAACCUCAAGAUACACAACCGGUCACACACAGGUGAAAAGCCCUACAUUUGUCCUUACGAGGGCUGCAACAAGCGCUACUCCAACUCCAGCGACCGCUUCAAGCACACACGCACGCACUAUGUGGACAAGCCCUACUACUGCAAGAUGGUGGGCUGUCUGAAGCGCUACACAGACCCAAGCUCUCUCCGAAAGCACAUCAAGGCCCACGGCCAUUUCGUGGCUCAGGAGCAUGGUUCGCCAGCUAGUGGGGUAGGCUCCAUGCUGAAAGGGAGUCAAAGUGGAGGGCUUGCAAGUGAAGUGGGGAAGGAUUCAGAGAUGUCCUAUGUGAGUGCAGCCCACAUUAUCAUCCCAGGGGCAGCGGCUGCUCUCCUGGGAGGCCAUGCUCUGCAGGGUCUCGGUGGUGCCCUGCCUCUGUCCCCUCUCAGUCCUCGGCCCCUGGACCUCAGCACACUGGGUUGCCCCAAUUCACCUCCAGGCAGCAUGGGACCCAUCUUGUCCUUCAACGGCUCCCCACUGGGCCUGGCCAAGUCCUCUUUGCUCUCCUCAGCGUUUCCCUCCUCGGCCUUGGGCCUGCCAAUGGUGCCCAUGCUGGGGGCCUCGUCUGAGCGCAGGGCCCAAAGCCAGCAGGCCAAGAAGGGACGGGGUGAGGAGGUCAAGAAUGAGGUGACUGGGGGGGUCCUGAACCUCUCCACAGGAGGGUCUCAUGAUCCCUUGUCCUGGGUGGUCAUCCCCCCAGGCACUGUGGUGCUCAAGCCAGCUGUGGUCAACUGAUAUACACAUACACACACACACACACACACACACACACACACACACACACACACACACACACACACACACACACACACACACAUAUACAUAUAGACACAUUCCAGAAGAGCUCAGGGGGUUGGGAUGGGAGGGUGAGGGUACGGGCGGUCAAAGGUGAUAGGGAUUGGCUCGCACAAUCAAAUCCAGGCAAUUCAUUUCAGAGAGAGGUUUGAAGUGAAACAAAACUCAUCAAUCCUCAAUCAGCAACAAUAGAUAACACUACACCUCACAAUAAAGUAUACAACGCAAGCCUCUUGUAUUGAUGGGAAAUUAAACCUGGGGCCUAAGAAAUCUGUUCAGGACCACGCAUGGCUCUGUAUUUCUAUCACAAGGCCCGACAAUGGGCUCCUCUUCGCUCUCUCUUAUUUUAUACUUUAUUCAUUCCUGUUUGCUGUUUCUGUGGACAGGGACCAUAAAAGUGACAGUCUUAGUGCUCUGUGUUCUUACAAAAGUCCUGAUUCAUUGAUACAUAUUUAUAUGACUGUACUUCAUCGACAGUGUGCCUCCAGCUUAGCAGUGAGAUAGAUACACCAUGAAACUGAAUGACGCACUCGCAGUUAGGCAAACGUGCACGUAAUAGGACGAUUCUCCACAGUUGAUUUUAAAGUUAUGACCUGUUUUUCACAGGCUGCUGUGAUUAAUAUGAUUCAGACAGGCUUGCCAUACCAAAGCAAGUGAACUCAAACUGUCUUGGAUUUGUGCAGGAAAAAGCUGCAGAUUCAGCUCUGAGACAGUUCAAUUAAACGCAGCACUUCAUAGUGUCAACGGAUUAUAGUAUUGAAACCUCAAAACUGCUGCUAACCUCUCAGCUCCCCCCAGUGUAAACAUAAACUGGGUGAGAGCACUUUUGACAAUCUAUCCCCAGGUUUGGGGAAGGUGACCAACAAGAAUGUGUGCCAGGUGGGCAGACUAGGGGCUUUUAGGGCACAGAGCGAACUGAGGACUUGACACAGACAAAUGGUGUUACAUCACCUGGCAAUGACCAAUUAUCACUUCCUCUUUUUACAAGUGAAAUUUAAGGCACUGGUGUGUCUGGCUCCCCCCUCUGGUUGGACACGAUGCACAACAUCCCGCCUGGCCAUUUACAGGAGUCACACUGUUUUCCUUCUGGAUUGUCCAGCUGCUUUCCCGUAAUUGAAUCAACACGGCCAGUUUGUGUAUGAAAGGGCCACUGUGGUGAUAAACACUAGUGUCUUGUAUUUUAAAAAGUGACCCGAACCAAAACCAGCUGUGAAAAACAGGUGGUCAUCCAGUUGAAGCCCAACUUAGCCUUGUCGGUUUUUGUCCCUGGUUCAACAAGUCAUAUGCUGUGCCAAAAAUACCUGAAAAGGGGAAAGAGGGAUGCAUGUAUUGUGCCACAGAGGGGGGUGUGAUGCACUCAGUGCCACAUACAGCUGGACUGACUAGGAAGCCACACUAUUGCAAACUGCCUCAUUUUACUCUGUCCAAAGGGGCAAAAAAAAAAAAAGACAAAAAAAGA